UUCCUGCAGUGCUGCCGAUGGAUGGACAGAGCGGCCGCCACAGUGUCAUCAUCCCCUUCUAGAGUCCAUUCAUGGUUUCCCACCCCCCACUCGUGAUAGAACACCAUUCUGUGAUAGGCAAGGCUUGAGCUCUGAAGCGCGAACCGUCGGUCGGUGGGGGAAAAGGCUCCUGACCACCAGUUUUCACGCUGGGCCCUAAGUGCUGCCCCAGCACUAUCUGCCGGGCGCCGGGCCAGUCGGUGCUCAGGGCCCGUCUAUAUUCGUCUCCUGGCCUCUCUCCUCGCCCUUCGCUGGCCAAGAGAGGGUAGGGUGGUGGAGUGGUGCCGAAGUGGCCGUUAUGAGGACCCUGAGAAGUGAAAGCGCUCGCCUUCUAUGGCGGAGGGGUGUCAACUUUAGACCACAGAGCUUGCUCAGCAUCACUGAUUCCUUCCCCCAACUGUGUGGCCUGCACCGCCUGCCUCCAAUCAUGGCCAUGCAAAAAAUCUUUGCCCGAGAAAUCCUGGACUCCAGGGGCAACCCCACAGUGGAGGUGGACCUGCACACCGCCAAGGGUCGAUUCCGAGCAGCUGUGCCCAGCGGCGCUUCCACGGGUAUCUAUGAAGCACUGGAACUAAGAGAUGGAGACAAAUCCCGCUAUCUGGGGAAAGGAGUGCUCAAGGCUGUGGAGCACAUCAACAAGACCCUAGGCCCCGCACUGCUGGAGAAGAAACUAAGCGUUGUGGAUCAAGAAAAAGUUGACAAAUUUAUGAUUGAGCUGGACGGGACAGAGAAUAAGUCCAAGUUUGGGGCCAAUGCCAUCCUGGGUGUGUCCUUGGCUGUGUGUAAGGCGGGAGCAGCUGAGAAAGGGGUCCCUCUCUACCGACACAUCGCAGAUCUUGCAGGGAAUCCUGAUCUCGUACUUCCUGUGCCUGCCUUCAACGUGAUCAAUGGGGGCUCUCAUGCUGGAAACAAGCUGGCUAUGCAGGAGUUCAUGAUCCUCCCAGUGGGAGCCAGCUCCUUCAAAGAAGCCAUGCGCAUUGGCGCCGAGGUCUACCACCACCUCAAGGGGGUCAUCAAGGCCAAGUAUGGGAAGGACGCCACCAAUGUGGGGGACGAGGGCGGCUUUGCACCCAACAUCCUGGAGAACAAUGAGGCCCUGGAGCUGCUAAAGACAGCCAUUCAGGCAGCUGGUUACCCAGACAAGGUGGUAAUUGGCAUGGAUGUGGCAGCAUCUGAAUUCUAUCGCAAUGGGAAGUAUGAUCUGGACUUCAAGUCACCUGACGAUCCUGCACGGCACAUCAGUGGGGAGAAGCUUGGGGAGCUGUACAAGAACUUCAUCAAGAACUAUCCCGUGGUCUCCAUUGAAGACCCCUUUGACCAGGAUGACUGGGCCACAUGGACCUCAUUCCUCUCUGGAGUGGACAUCCAGAUUGUGGGAGAUGACCUUACAGUCACCAACCCCAAGAGGAUCGCUCAGGCUGUUGAGAAGAAGGCCUGCAAUUGCCUGCUACUGAAGGUCAACCAGAUUGGCUCAGUGACAGAGUCCAUCCAGGCCUGCAAACUGGCACAGUCUAAUGGCUGGGGGGUGAUGGUGAGCCACCGCUCUGGGGAGACUGAAGACACUUUCAUUGCUGACCUCGUGGUGGGACUCUGCACAGGACAGAUCAAGACUGGUGCCCCAUGUCGUUCAGAGCGUUUGGCCAAAUACAACCAGCUUAUGAGGUACAGUGGGUACAGAAGCCUGUGGGGAGAGGAAGGCGCUCCUGGGCUAGAAGGGAGCAGCUCUGAUUUUUGUAUUAUAGGAUUGAGGAGGCUCUUGGAGACAAAGCUGUCUUCGCUGGACGAAAGUUCCGUAAUCCAAAGGCCAAAUGAGAAGCUGGAGGCUCCGGGACACCAAAGAACAGACACAGGCCUUCAAGCCCUUCUCCCUGAAAUAAACACUGCCAAACGAGACCACGGUGUGCUCCUUGGAAGGAAGGAGGGAAAGGCUGAUUAGCUAGCUGGGAAGGACAGGCAGUGGACAGGCGGCAGGAGGAAGAGACAGAGAAUGACAUGUAACAGGCUGUGACAAGGAAGUGAGGAAUUGGAAAGCUCGGUGGAUGUAAAAGAGAAAUUCACACUUUGGAAUGAAGAUAGAAAAAGCAAAUUCUGUAUGUGAAAAGGAGCUGGAGCGGUGUCUAUGGAGUGAGAGACAGCGACUGAGUGGUCAGAAGUGGAUGGAGAGGGACUGAGGGUCCUGAUGCUCCCAGCAGGAGAGGGGUCUGAAGCAGGAUGCAGCCAGACUGAGUCCUUUGUGAGGAUAAAUGAUAAUGAGAUCAUUUACCACUUCAGUGGAGCUUGUGAGGAUCUGGAAGUGUUCACAAUACUUGAUGUUAUUGCCUUACAUAAGCCUUGAAACAGUCCUAUCAGACAUACACCAUUCUUGUCCCAUUUUCACACACAAGGAAACCAAGACACGAAGAGUUAAAUAUUCCUUAUUCAACACAGCAGAGUUAGCAACUGGUAGGGCCAGGACACAAAGCCAGGCCAUUUGGCUUCAGCCUUAAAAUACUGUAUCUUAGCUGGGCGUGGUAGCUCACAUCUAUAAUCUCAGGCCUUGGGAGGUAGAGAAGGGAUAACAAAUUUCAAGGCAGCUUGGACUAUGUAAUAAGACCCUGUCUCAAAAUUCCAAGCUUAGGGGGCUGGAGAGAUGGCUCAGUGGUUAAGGGCACUUGUUGCUCUUACAAGCACCAGGGUUCAGCUCCCAGCACUGACCUGGUGGCUCACAACUAUCAGUAACUCCAGUUCUAGGGGCUCCAAUGCCCUCUUCUGACCACCACAGGCACCAGGCAUGCACAUGGUGCACACCUUUACAUGCAGGUAAAAUACUCAUACACAUAAAUUAAAAAAAACCCAAAACUCCAUCCCAGCUUAGUGAUAAGAGUGCUUGCCCAGUAUUCACGAGGCCCAGAGUUCAAUAUCUAGCACCACAAAAUAAAUAAAAAUAAACCUGAAAGUCACAAUAACAGUGCUAAUAAUUGGCCAUCUUUAGCUUAUACAAACAGCAACUUCAUACUGUUCAAUCUAAAAUUAUUCUCUUCUCUGCCUAUGGACCUAGUAUCCACAUUUCUAUGUGCAAAUCAG